AUGGUAGCUACUGUUUGUGAUACAUUUGUUAAUCAAGCAACAAAUAUAAUAUCUCGACCAUCAACACUUGGUUUUAUCAAUGCUGUACGACAAGCAUGCAUUACCCAUGUGGCUGUCACUGGUGUUACAGAAUUUGCUAAGGAAGGUAUUGAAAAUUUAAUCACCAAUAUACUUGCUCAAGAUAGAUCGAUGGAUGUAGAGCAUAUCAAUCAAUUGGUUACAAAUAUAACAACAAUUACCUUGCAAGCAUCACAUGAUGCUGAUAUUCUGGUAGAAAAAUUUGUCACUUCUGCCACUUGGCCAUGUCAACCGCAUGUACCUGUGUGUAUUAUACCAUCUCUUAUUCAGCAUCAAAUGGUAGCAGAAACUGGCAAAUAA